AUGAACGCCAGUGGUGAAUCCGUUGAGAGGAUGGUCGUAACUGAUAAAUACGCCGAUGCAUAUAACAGUAGUAAUGAGGAUGCAGGUGCAACCUUUCCACCGUGGGAAGUACUAGCUGCUCUCCCUAUCCUGGUCGUUCCAGCAACAGUCCUGGAAAAUGCACUCGUGAUAUUUUUUUUUAUCACCUAUCCUCCACUUCAAAUCAUCCAAAACUUUUUCAUCGUCUCUCUGGCGGUUGCAGAUCUAGCAGAAGGAAUUCUCGUGGAGCCCAUCCACGGUGCCUAUCUCCUCUCGGGAAAAUGGAUCUUUGGUUGACAAUUUCGCAAGCUUUGGUUGAUUUGCCAUGUUUUCUGUCGCACAGCAAGUAUCUUGAACCAGUGUGUAAUAGCAUUGGAUCGUUGCUACGCGAUUACAGAUCCAAUAAAUUACCGCCAGAAGCGCACACGCAAGCAAGCAUUAAAGAUAAUCGCUUGUGUUUGGAUCUUGUCGGGAAUAAUAAGUGCACCACUAUUAGCAGGAUGGAACGUUUGGAUAGAGGAGAUAUGGCCUGGAACACCAUUCCUACUGACAACUCCUAAGGUUUACGUAAUAUGGUUAUUUCUGAGUUCUUUUUUCAUCCCACUAUUAUUAAUGAGUUACGUAUACGUCAGGAUUGUCUGUACCACCCGAAAACGUCACCGACAGCGCGCCAAGCAGAGUAGACUUACCGUUGUAACCCUAACAAGACACAGAAAUGGUGUUGAAGAGUCUGCGAGCAGUGAAUCCAAUCACAAUGAACGAUCAGCAAUUCGUAUUCGCGCUAAACCUUCACCAUUUAUCAUUGAGGAUAAUGUUGACGCUGAAAUCACGCCCAGUGGCCGCGUAAAAAAAACAGAACACACCAGGUGUCACAGGGUAGCUGCUACAGUCUUCCAAUUCAACGAGGAACGACAGAGACUUUCCUUGUCUAAGAAAAAGCGGGUCACCAGAACUCUUGGUCUGAUUGUGGGCGUCUUUAUCAUAUGCUGGCUACCGUUUUUCCUCAUGUACCUCAUCGUAUCGUUCUGCCCUGCAUGCAGCCUCUCAAACGGUGUUGUGUAUUGUAUUACUUGGCUCGGUUACAGCAGCAGUGCGUUAAAUCCACUCAUCUACACGAUUUUCAAUCGCGAUUAUAGACGAGCUUUCAGAAAAUUCCUUCAUAUUCAUUGA